AGCUCUGUGAAAACAUGAACUGCACAAAUGUUUCCUUCACCACUAAGUCCAGGCUUGCGUCCCAGCCUGUCUCUAUCACUGUGCUGAUUUGCCUGUUCCUCAUGAUUGGGUUUCUCCUGAACAUCUUCAGCUUGUGGGUUUUCAAGUACCGUACUCCAGAGUGGAAGUCUGGAACGGUUCUCCAGUUCCACCUGGCCAUCAGCGAUCUUAUUUUAUGUCCUCUAGGACCCUUUAUAGCGGUUAACUUUACACUGGGAUACUGGCCUUUCGGACAUCUGAUGUGUCGGCUCAAGAUCGCCCUGUUGUUCAUCCACUUUUAUUCCAGUAUCUUUUUUCUCACUCUCAUAAGCAUCCACCGUUACGUAUCUGUGGUCUACCACAGUCAGGAAUUCCGAAUGAUACAAAAGGACUUUGUAAAGAAGCUUUGUCUAGGAGUUUGGGCUUUCAUUCUGAUUAACGGUGUGGUGUAUUGUCUGCUUCUGGGUGCAAGCGGAGAGGAGAAACACAUGUUGUGCUACAGCAUCCACCAGGGAGAAUACAAGGAGAAGUAUUUUGCUUUAAAUUUUGUUCUACUCGUCCCCGGAUUCCUGAUCCCAUUCAUGAUAUCAGUAGUGUGCUACAGCCGUUUGGCAAGAUCCGUGUCCAGCAUCAACGUCUGUCAUCUAAAAGGCAGGCAAAUGAAGAGUAAGUCACGCAAAAUGAUUGCUGUUUGCUUGCUGAUAUUUGUAGUGUGUUUUUCACCCUUUCAUGUGAUUCAAAGUUUAAUGGUUGUGGUCAAGGAAUUCUACCCCGAACACUGCCACCUGCUUUUGCAACUGGAGACAUUGUACUACGCCUCCUGGAUCCUGCUUACAGCCAACUGCUAUCUUGAUCCACUGAUCUACUGCUUUGCCUCACAGAACUUUCUGGUAGCCUUCCGCAGCUCCAUGAGAAAAAUAGGAGUCAGGUUCCAAUCAACUCAUGAGAAUAUUGAGCACGACAGCCCUCAGACCACAUAUGUCACCCCCACGCCAAGGAUGAUUAAGAGGGAAAAUAUGUCCAUAACUCACUUAUAA